AUGGCAGGCAAAAAGGCUGAUGCGAAGAAAGGAAAAGAGGCUGGGAAAGGGAAAAAGAGCAAGAAGGAAGCGGUCAGUGACUCUGAGGAGGCGUCAGAAGAAGCUGAGGUGAGCAAGGCCAAUGUGGAGGAGAGUGAAAUGGACAGUGAGAUUGUGGAGGAAGAAGAAGGAGAAAGUGAUGAAGACCCCAAGAAGAAGAAAGGGAAGGACAAGAAGGGUGGGAAGAAGCAGCUCAAAGGGACCUCGAAGCUCGUGAUGGGUCUGACCUCCGAUGAUGCCAAGAAGAAGAAAGGGGCCAAGAAGGAGCACGCCAAAGCCCAACUGAAAGGCGCUACCAAGGCAAUGGCCAUAGCCAAGAAGGAGCCGCCACCCAAAAAGAAACGAAGCUUGAAGAGCACAUCCAAGCUCUUCAUGGGCUUCAAAGGCCUGCGGCUCAAGCACCCGAAGAAGAGCCAGUUCAAAAACACAUCACGCUUCUUCUGGGGGCUGAAUAAAUUCAGCACGAAGAAGAAAAAGAAGCAGAAGAAGAACAAGGCAGUUCUGAAGUCCACCUCUAAGCUCAUGAUGCGCUUCAAAGGGCUUGGGAAGGGCAAGAAGAAAGAACAAUCCAAGGAUGAAGGUACUAAGAAGCCAGCCUACAUGCUAAUACGGCUAGGUGGGAAAGCUGGAGAUAAGUCCAAAGGGGGAGGGUUCUUUGGCAAUCUGUUGCAACGGGCAAAGCCAAAUGAGAAGUUCAAGACCCGAGCCCAGAUCAUCAGCAAAGUCGCUGCUGCCACCAGUUGGCUGACCAGAAAAUUCUUGGCCAAGCGUGGCAGGUACAUGUACGAUGAAAGGGUUGCUAACGAGGCCUGGCUUUCAAGGAUCGGUGCCAAGAAGCUCCCCUUUCCCUCAGAGGCUGAGGUCUUGAGGCAUCGGGCUAAUAUGAGGAAGCUGCCAGAAGCCAGCGCACUCUAUGGCCAAACCCAGGAAGAAUUUGGCUACUGGGACAACUUAGACACUCCCUCACCACAACAGUACUAUGAUAACUAUCAAGAGGAUGGCUAUAUGGAACCACAGUCCUCUUCUCAGUAUGACUAUUCGAACUAUGAUAGUGAAUGUUACGGCAGGUACCCAGAUGAGGAAUAUGGGCCGUAUAAAGAGCCAGUAGAUUACUAUAACCACAUGCCACCAGACCAGUAUGGUUACGCCACUGAGGAUGACCAAGAAUAUGAGCCUAACACCAGUUAUUCACCCUAUGAACCUUAUGAUAAUUAUGCAGAUUAUGAAGAGCCAGUAGGGUUAAAUGACCAGUAUGCCUCCACUGGAGACCCCUAUUACACGGGGGCGGAAGAAACAGAAUACCUUGAUGACUAUCCUCUUCAUGAAGCAGGCUACAAUGAGAAUGAAUGGCCUCCUCAGACACAAUCUUCGUACAACCCGUAUGCCUACCCAUUGGACAAUAUCAUGGAGAUGGAGGAGGCCGAGGAUGAACAAAGGGGCUACCCCUCUGAUUUACCUAACUCAUCAUUUUUUGGACAGCAAGGGAUGGGAGAGAAUUUACCUCCUAAACUGUCUCUGAACCGGAAGUUCCGGCUCUUCCCACGGCCCCAGGUGAAGCUUUUUGGUAUCGACAAACUGGAUGUUCCCCUUCCUCCCUCUCCACAAUUUUCUGUUGGCAGUUUGGACCAAGAUGAGGAAAACUAUGAGGAAUCUGAACCUUUGACCUCUCCUUUUGCCCAAUUUGAUGAUCAGAAUGUGGAACCUUCCAGGUCGCCAAGGAUUUUCUCAAAAUUGUUACAAGGCUGUUUUGGUGGUGGCGUUCAGAGGUCUGUCUCUCCCAAACUGACAACAAGGAAUUCGGGCCUGAAUGAACAAAAAUGCACCUGUAAGGCAAGUUCAUCCCCAAGUAUCUCCCCAAGAGAAUGUGGAAGUCCCUUGGGGCAGUUUCUACAGAAAUCUCUCACACAACCGAAACCCAUACUAAAGCACCGAGGGACCAGCGAGCAAAACAGGCCCCCAACGCCAUCUCCACAGAUGGCAGAGGCCAACCGUUCUUGGUCCCCAAGUCUGAAACGGGAAGCCUUGGGUGGCAAUUUGACCUACCCUGUUGCUGGCAGCAAUCCUGGCACCCUGAGGGGGAGGCCCAAUCUCAGUCCCUUGACCCCAAAAUCAGUUCUGUUUCAAGCCAUGGGACGAGGAAGCCCAUCUUUUCAAGACCAGUAUAACACACCAAGAAGGUCAGGACUUGCUCAUUCACCUGCUGAGCUGCUCGAAAAUGACACAGAAGAUGGCAUGGGGCGAUAUGCAGUUGUAAUGCCACAGAUCCAGCGGAUAGGUUCUUCCUUAAGGAGGAAAGCUCAUAUACAGAAACAGCCUUGGUCCGAUUCUCGUACUGUACAUGUCCGUGAGAUGCCAAAUAAGUGGGCCUCGGAGAAACUCUACCACCAGCCACCUGUGGAGGAAUUUAGCCAGCAGGCACCUAAACUGGGAAGUGGUGUGGCCUGGUACCUGACACGUGGGACACCGAUGCACAACAGUGGGCCAGACGCAGGUUGGCAGUGUAAGAUGCAUUCUGUUCACAACUUGCAAGCUGGGAGCUUCUCAGUACCACAGGGAGACAAAGGCGUGGAGGAUAUGAUCCAGUUGGAGGAACUGCAUCAGGGAAUUGUCCUUCAGAACAUCAAAAAGAGGUUCGAGCGGGGCCUGAUUUAUACCUACAUAGGCAGCAUCUUAGUGUCAGUGAAUCCCUACAAAAUGUACAACAUCUAUGGGACAGACCACGUGCUUCAGUAUGAGGGGAAGGCCUUGGGAGAGAAUCCACCGCAUCUUUUUGCAAUUGUAAACAUUGCCAUCAGCAAGCUGAGGGAUGCCAAACUCAACCAAUGCAUUAUUAUCAGCGGUGAAAGUGGAUCUGGCAAAACAGAAGCCACUAAACUGAUUCUCCGUUACCUGGCAGCGAUAAAUCAGAAGCAUACUGCAACCCAGCAGAUAGAGAUCUUAGAAGCAACUCCUCUGCUGGAAUCCUUCGGGAAUGCCAAGACUGUGCGGAACGACAACUCCAGCAGGUUUGGGAAAUUUGUGGAAAUCUUUCUGGAGGAUAGACUGAUCUGUGGUGCCAUAACUUCGCAGUACCUUCUGGAGAAGUCCAGAGUCGUCUUUCAGGCCAAUAAUGAACGGAAUUACCAUAUCUUUUAUGAGAUGUUGGCUGGUCUUCCGGGUCAUCAGAAGCGCAAAUUCUUCCUCCAAGAGGCAGAAACAUAUUUUUACCUGAACCAGGGAGGCAACUGUGAGAUUCCUGGCAAGGCAGAUGCGGAGGAUUUUCACAGGCUGUUGACUGCCAUGGAGGCCCUGCAUUUCAGUGUCGAUGACCAGAACAGCAUCUUCCGAAUUCUGUCUUCUGUUCUCCAUCUGGGGAAUGUUUAUUUUGAAAAGUAUGAGAUUGAUUACCAGGAGGUGGCUUCCGUCGUGAGUGCCAGGGAGAUCCGGGUUGUGGCUGAACUGUUGCAAAUCUCUCCGGAAUGUCUACAGAAGUCGAUUACCUUCAAAGUGACAGAAACCCUGAGGGAGAAGAUCCUCACCCCACUCACGGUUGACAGUGCUAUGGAUGCCAGAGAUGCCAUUGCCAAGAUUCUCUACUCCCUGCUCUUCAACUGGAUCACAGAGAGGAUUAACCGGCGCAUCUAUCCCAAGCACAAGGCCCUCUCCAUUGCCAUCUUGGACAUCUAUGGCUUUGAGGAUCUGGGCUUCAACAGUUUCGAGCAACUGUGCAUCAAUUAUGCCAACGAAUACAUCCAAUUCUUCUUCAACAAGAUCAUCUUCAAGGAAGAACAGGAAGAAUAUAUCCGGGAACAGAUUGAAUGGAGAGAAAUCGCAUUCAACGACAACCAACCGUGCAUUGACCUCAUUUCCCAGAAGCCUUAUGGGAUUUUGAGGAUCCUGGAUGACCAAAGCAGUUUCCCUCAGGCAACAGAUCACACAUUUCUCCAGAAGUGUCAUUACCAUCAUGGUACCAAUGAGUUGUACUCCAAGCCAAAGAUGCCGCUACCGGAGUUUACCAUCAAGCAUUACGCGGGCAAAGUCACCUACCAGGUGCAUAAAUUCUUGGAUAAAAAUUACGACCAAGUACGUCAAGACGUCCUGGAGCUUUUUGUCAACAGUAAGAUCAAAUUGGUAGCUAACCUGUUCUUCAGCCAUGCUCAACUGGUAGCCCAGCAGAAGACCAUGAUGGGAAUGAGCAGCGCCAGCAAACGGAAAUACAAAGCCCCAACCGUUGCUGCAAAAUUCCAGCAGUCACUCUUGGAACUUGUGGAGAAAAUGGAAAGGUGUAACCCUUUCUUUGUUCGCUGCAUCAAGCCUAAUAACAAGAAGAAGCCGGGCCUCUUUGAGGAAGACGUAGUUGGUGGCCAGUUGCGGUACUCGGGGAUUCUGGAGACCAUCCGUAUCCGCAAAGAGGGCUUCCCUGUCCGCAUCCCCUUCAGGAUCUUCAUAGAGAGGUACCGCUGCCUUGUCGAUCUCCGUCCUGACUCCAUGCCUGAUGGGAUGUACUGUGCCAAAGUGCUGACCAAGCUGUGCCCGGUCACCCGUGAUAUGUAUUGCAUUGGAGCGACCAAGCUCUUCAUGAAGGAGAGUGUCUAUCAGCAGCUGGAGAGCAGGCGUGAACGGAUGGUCCACAUGGCAGUCCUGACCCUCCAGCGGUAUACGCGCGGCUUUUUAAUCAAGAAACGCUUCUACGCCCUCCGCCACAAGAUCAUUCUCAUCCAGGCGCGGUCCCGCGGGUUCCUUGCCAGGCAAAAAUACUCAAGGCUGAGAGGGAGCCUUAUCAAGUUCAGGUGUCUUGUGCGCAUCUAUGUGAAUCGCAAGAGGUAUCUCAAGGUGAGUCCUGUGGUGUGGCGUGUUGUGUGGAUGUGGGAAGGAGAGGGCCUCUGCAUACAGAGAGAAGGGGAAAUGUCCCCGCGAGAGGUGAUGAAAGUUUCGACCUUGGAAGUCCCUGCUGAACUGGUUGGCCUCCUCAACACUGUGGCGGGUACAGAUUUGUUUCUUAUAGUCCACAAACAGGUGAAUGAGGACUGCAUUGUUUCCGUGGCUCCUCCCAAGAUGCAAGCAGACUCCCAGCUUACUCUACCCCUUGACAUCAACAACUACCCCAUGUCAAAGUAUGUGCAGGCUCACUUCAAGGAACCGGUUUUUGGGAUGCUUAUCAAGACUCUGGCAUCCCCUCUGACCCACCUGGAUGACUGGCUGGUAGCAGAAGCAGUUAACCUCUUCAAGCUGGUUCUCCGCUUCAUGGGUGACCCCCACCUCAAUGGCACACAGGAGAGCCUCUUUGGGAACUACGUUGUGCAGAAGGGACUGUCAACGGUCAGCCUGCGGGAUGAGAUCCUCUCCCAGAUAGUCAACCAAGUCUGGCGGAACACCAAUAUCUACAAUGAAGAACGAGGCUGGCUCCUGCUGGCCAUCUGCCUCAGCGCCUUUGCUCCCUCCCCCAACCUAGAGAAACACUUGUUGAAGUUUGUUUCUGACUAUGCCUUCGAUGGUUACAAGCCCGUCUGCCAGCACAAGCUCAUGCAAGCCCUGGAAAAGACCCGGUUCGGAGCGGAAGCCGCCCGCUCCUAUCCACCCACCCUGCUGGAGUGGAUGGCCUGCCGCAACAAAGUCAACAUGGCACUGGAUGUUUACUGUUUCAAUGGAGACCAUUUUUUGUGCCCCAUCAAUUCCUGGACCACAGGAGAAGGCCUAGCUGCAAAUGUACUGCAACACAGGGGGCUCAUGGAUGGAUGGCGAGGCUGGUCGGUCACCAUGAAGGAUGGAACCCAGUGGGCCGAGCUGGCUGGCCAUGACUACGUUCUGGACCUGAUUUCCGACCUGGAGCUGAUUAGAGGCUUCCCGAAGCAGAAGUCAUAUUUCAUCAUUGCCUCAGAAGGUCCAGAGAAGACUGUUGGCGGCAAAGUAGUAUUCAGACAUGGUUUGGACUCGGACGGGGAGGUCCCUCCGCCACCGCCUACAAAGGCCCCCACCGUGGCCCCCACCAACCUGCCUGACUCCGAGGGAUAUUACAGCCAUGAUUCAGACACCUUCAGUGAGUCCCGGAGCCAGAAGGGGUUGGAUCACUACCUGGAUAGCCUCUUUGACCCAGUCCUCUCUUAUGGGAAUGGGGAUUUAGAGAAGUCAGUGGCCAUUUCCCACAGGAUGAAAGGAGGUGGUGGUGUUGGAGGAGGCCACAUCAAUGAGGGACGGAGUCGUGGUGAUGGUUUGCCUCCUGAGGUGUCCCGGGUGUCUGGGAAGAACCAAGGCAAGAUCUUGAUGCAGAAAGCCUAUCACAGCCAGCAAGAUUUGCUUCUGGCUCGCAGAAUGUCGCAACAGGUGGCUGCUCUCCGGCGGCAGCAGCAAGAAUCUGUGGUGGCAGCAACUGGCAGGUCCUUCUCUGGUGCCCCCCAGGGAUCUAGUUUCAGAACUUCCUCCCAUCAAAGUCCUACCAGGACCCAAACAACAAGUGGCUCUGGCCCCAAACUUCUCAUACUCCAAAGAGAAGGUGAGAAAAGGACAGGUGAAGGAACCACAGCGCCUCCAAGCCUCCAGCGAGACAGGCCCGUGUUUCAGAAAACCGCCCCAGGCAUGGAUCCUGCCUCCAGGCUGCGAGCUGGCGAGCUGGUGAGGCAUUCCAAGCUGAACUCGGAGCACAUCCCGGAACCGACACAGAACAUACGCAAUAUUAUCAAGCAGUACCAGCAACCUGCCCGGGUCCCAGAGCCCAUCAGAAGGGAAGGUGGGAAGGUCUUUGUGAAGAAAAUGGAUCCUCACGAGGAAGCCCUGAUGAUUCUGAAGAAACAGAUGUCAGGGGCACCAGGAGCUCCGCAGUCCACUCCGACCACCCAGGAACCACCAGCCAAGGAGACAAUAGCCCCGGUUAAGCCCAUGACCAGUGCCAACAUUAAGACAGUCAUGCCUCCUGCCAUUCGCCCGCCACCUGCCACCCCCAGAUCUUUCCCAGGGGCCUUCCCAGUGCCUGUCUUGCGGCAGUUAGGAUCCGAGGACGAAAAGGUCCAGACCCAACUUCACCGCCGAUGCAGUGACGAGUUCUAUGCUUACCGCAACGUCUCCUGGAAAAUCUACCUCCGGAAAGAGGUUUUCUACCCUAAGGACACUGUAAACAACCCUCUUCUGCUAGAUCUCAUUUUCCGGCAGAUCUUCAAUGAUACCAUGUCUGAAGCCUGCAUCCGCAUUACCCAGGGGGAGAGGCUCCGCAUGAAAGCUCUCUUUGCGGAAAACAAGCUCGAUUCCUUCAGUCCAGUGGCUGACGAAAGUGUCAAGAAAGAGAUUGUCAACGUUGCCCGGGAUGGGUGGGAAGUGUAUUUCUCUCGCCUUUUCCCAGCCACGGGCAGCGUUGGCACCGGGGUACAGAUCCUGGCCGUGUCCCACACGGGCAUUAAGCUUCUGAGGCUGGUCAAGGGCACCAACUUGCCGGGGGAACAGCUACGUGUGCUGCGGGGCUAUGGCUACAGUGAUAUCCUUUUCGUGACCAUCCCCUCCAAAAACAUGCUGGAGUUUAACCUCACCAACGAGAAGCUCCUCCUCUUUUCCCCCAAAGCUUCCCAGGUGAAGGCCAUGGUGGACUACUUCAUCACUGAGCUCAAGAAGGAUUCCCAGUACGUGGUGGCUGUCAAGAAUCACAUUACCAAUGACAAGAGCCUCUUGAGCUUCCAUAAAGGAGACAUCAUCUGCCUCCGACCCAUGGAAGGCUUGGGGAAAGACCGCUAUUAUGGCUGCGUGGUGCGCAAGAAAGUGAUGCUGCUUGAGGAUUUAAAGGAAUGCCUUCCUGAUGCAGGUUGGAAGUUUGGGGCCAUCUAUGGAAAGUCCGGCUUCUUCCCAGCUGAGUGUGUCCAGCCAGCAGCAGCACCAGACUUCAUCCACCUGCCGAUGGAGAAGAAGGAGGAGCCGCAGGACAAGCAAGGCAAGGUGGCCGUCCCAGCCUCAGUGGCUGUGGCCAUUGCCUCAGCAGCUGUGGCUCAGGAGCUUGAUAAGAAGAUGGAGGCGAUGUUGCGCCCCAUUCCAGAUGAAGGGAAACAAGGAUUCUACACAGUGAGCAUCUUCCCAGAAACAAAGGUGGAGUUUAUGCGUGAUGUUCAUUUCAGGGACCCCAACAAGCUAAAAUCCAAGAAAGGCAUUGAAUCGAAGGGUGUGGAAGAUAUUCUGAAAUUCACCAAGUCCCCCAUCCAAGAGUCACUCAUUGAAUACACGGACAGCAACUUGAACAAAAUUGCAGCAGAAACCUUCCAAGCUGUGAUGAAGUUCAUGGGUGACCUUCCGCUCAAAGGCCAAACUGAGCUAGAUGUGGUCUGCUCUCUUCUGAAGCUUUGCGGAGAACACGAGGUGAUCAGAGAUGAGGUAUAUUGCCAGAUCAUGAAGCAGAUCACGGACAACUCCAGCUCCAAGAUGGACAGCCGCCAGAAAGGAUGGAGAUUGCUGUACAUCCUGAGCGCUUACUAUAGAUGCUCAGAGGUCCUCAAACCUUACCUUCUGUGGUUCCUCCGGGACGUCUGCAGCAAUCCUGCACUUAAUUUUCAAGGCAUUGCAAAGGCCUGCGAACAGAACUUGCAAAAAACAUUCCAGUUUGGGGGCAGAUGUGGAUUCCCUGGUAACAUGGAGCUGAAAGCCAUGGUGGCUGGAAGAAGCUCGAAACGGCAGCUAGUCCUCUUGCCAGGGGGAAUCGAGAAGCACCUGAAGAUCAAAACGUGUUCGGUUGCUCUAGACGUGAUAGAGGAGAUCUGCUACGAAAUGGGGCUUAAUCGACCCGAAGCCUUCAACGAAUAUAUCAUUUUUGCAGUAACCAACCAAAAUCAGAAUGUCCGGCCUUUGAACAAGAAGGACUACAUUCUUGACGUGGUCAUGGAAAUGGAGCAAGUGGAUAGCAACUACAUGUUCUGGUACCGGCGAGUCAUCUGGAGUCAGCCGCUGAAAUUUGACAAUGAGUUGUAUGUAACCAUGCAUUACAACCAGGUGCUCCCGGACUAUCUCAAGGGGCUCUUCAACACUCUCCCUUCCACGAAGCUGAGCACACAACAGUUCCAGCAGGUCUCCAAGCUGGCUGCUUUGCAGCACCGGGCCAAGGACAGUGUCUACUUGCCUACCUUACGGGAGGUUCAGGAUUACAUCCCGCCCCAGUUUUAUCACCUCCUGGCAGCUCAGUCAUGGCUGGACAUGAUCUCGCAGCACACGCAACAGACACAGGCGUUGAGUGCCCACCAAGCUCGGGCGCAGUUUCUAGGGCUCCUGAGCGCAUUCCCCAUGUUUGGCUCGUCCUUUUUCUACAUCCAGAGCUGCAGCAAUAAUGCCAUCAUCUCCCCAUGCAUCUUGGCUGUGAACCAGAACGGACUCAACUUCCUGAACAAGGAAACCCAUGAACCGAUUGCGAUCUUCUCGUUGAAGGAGAUCCAGUCAACUCGCACCCAGCGACCUUCAGCAGGAUCCAGCUACCCCUAUGUAGAGAUCAUGCUAGGAGACCUGAUAUCUCAAAAGGUCACCCAGUUGCAACUGGAGCAGGGCUUGGAGCUUUGCCGAGUAAUUGCAACGCACAUGGAGAGUUUGCUGCACGCGCGGGAAAAGAGGCUCACGCUCCCACCAAGCGAGAUCACGCUGUUGUGAACAGACUAGCCGCCCUCUUCUAUUUCUUUCCGAAGAGCAGACAAGGGGAACUGGUGACAGAUUAUCUUGAGAG